AUGGAUGACUUGUUUGAUGUCUUUGAUGAAGCUCCUCAAGCAGCUCCACCUAAAAUAGAAGAAAUCAAAGAUGAAGUGAAACCAGAAACCACAGAUAAUCAAACUCGCUCUACGAAGAAACGUCAGUUCGACAACAACAACAAAACAACUACCAACAGCAACAACAGUAGUAGUAGUAAUAACAAAAAACAUAAACAAGCUGAAGAUAUUAAACCAGUUGUUUUUGAUUCAGUUGAAAUUGAAACAUCUAGAGAAGUCAAACCAAGUGAAGGAUUGAGUAAUUCUGCCACGGUUGACGCAGAUAAUAAAUUGAAAUUAAAACAUCAAAUUAGACAUCAAGUAGCCAUCCCACCAUCAUAUCCUUAUGUACCAAUUGGUGAACAUAAACGUAAACAUGAAGCUAGAACUUAUCCAUUCACAUUAGAUCCGUUCCAAGACACCGCUAUUUCAUGUAUAGAUAGAAAUGAAAGUGUUUUAGUCUCAGCUCAUACUUCUGCUGGUAAAACCGUGGUGGCAGAAUACGCUAUUGCCCAAUCCUUGAGAGAUAAACAAAGAGUUAUUUAUACUUCCCCUAUUAAAGCUUUAUCAAAUCAAAAAUUCCGUGAAUUACAAGCAAUUUUUGGUGAUGUUGGGUUAAUGACUGGUGAUGUCACCAUUAAUCCUGAUGCUGGGUGUUUAGUCAUGACUACAGAAAUUUUAAGAAGUAUGCUUUAUAGAGGGUCAGAAGUGAUGCGUGAAGUUGCUUGGGUAGUGUUUGAUGAAGUCCAUUAUAUGAGAGAUAAGUCUCGUGGGGUUGUUUGGGAAGAAACGAUUAUUUUAUUACCCGAUAAGGUUCAUUAUGUAUUUUUAUCAGCUACAAUCCCUAAUGCUAUGGAAUUUGCUGAAUGGAUUGUGAAAAUUCACAAUCAACCAUGUCAUGUUGUUUACACUGAUUUUAGACCAACUCCUUUACAACAUUAUUUGUUCCCUGCUGGUGGUGAUGGUAUCCAUUUAGUUGUUGAUGAAAAAGGGACAUUCAGAGAAGAAAAUUUUCAAAAGGCAAUGGCAACUAUCAGUGAUAAUAGUGGCGACGACCCUGCUUCAAGUGAUAGUGGUAGAGGUAAUAAAAAGGGUAAAACCAAUAAAGGUCGUAAUCAUCAAGAUGGUAAAGGUGAUAUCUAUAAAAUUGUGAAAAUGAUUUAUAUGAAAAAGUAUAAUCCGGUUAUUGUAUUUUCAUUUUCUAAACGUGAUUGUGAAUCUUUAGCUUUAAAAAUGUCAAAAUUAGAUUUCAAUACUGAUGAAGAACGUAAUUCAUUGACACAAAUCUUUUAUAAUGCCAUUGAAUUGCUACCUGAAGCUGAUCGUGAAUUACCUCAAAUUAAAAACAUUCUACCAUUAUUGAAAAGAGGUAUUGGUAUCCAUCAUUCAGGGUUAUUACCAAUUUUGAAAGAAAUUAUUGAAAUUUUAUUCCAAGAAGGAUUUUUAAAAGUAUUAUUUGCCACUGAAACUUUUUCUAUUGGAUUAAAUAUGCCGGCUAAAACCGUUGUUUUUACAUCCGUGCGUAAAUGGGAUGGUGUUGGUUUUAGAUGGGUUUCUGGUGGUGAAUAUAUCCAAAUGUCUGGACGUGCCGGUAGACGUGGGUUGGAUGAUCGUGGUAUUGUUAUAAUGAUGAUCGAUGAGAAAAUGGAACCACAAGUAGCUAAAGGUAUGGUAAAGGGUCAAGCUGAUAGAUUAGAUUCUGCAUUCCAUUUAGGAUACAAUAUGAUUCUUAAUUUAAUGAGAGUGGAAGGUAUUUCCCCGGAAUUCAUGUUGGAACAUUCAUUUUUCCAAUUCCAAAAGGCAUCUAGUGUUCCUAUUUUAGAGGGGAAAUUAGCUCAAUGUAAACAAGAAUUUGCUGAUAUUACCAUUGAAGAUGAACCAAUUAUAAAGGACUAUUAUGAUUUGAAACAACAAUUGUUAAAAUAUAAUGAAGAUGUACGUAAAGUUAUUACUCACCCAGGUAAUAUUUUACCAUUUUUACAAGAUGGUAGAGUUAUUAAAGUUAAAAUUGGUGAUCUUGAUUAUGGAUGGGGUAUGGUUACCACAUUUACGAAAAGGAACCGUAGACACCAAGAAGAAUUUGCUCCACAUGAUGCAUACGUUGUUGAAGUAUUUAUAACAACCAUGUUUAUUGAUUCACCAGUCAAUUUAAUUAAAAAAUUUAACCCUAUGUUGCCUGAAGGUAUUCGACCAGCUAAAUCAGGGGAACAAACCAGAGCUGAAUUUAUUUCUAUCACCUUAAGCUCAAUUGAGAAGAUUAGUACUGUUAGAUUAAGAGUUCCUGAUGAUUAUAAGAGUUCGACUGCCAAGAGAACAUUGGUUAAAACUUUGAAAGAUUUACCGAAAAGAUUACCCGAUGGAAUCCCAUUAAUUGAUCCAGUACAAAGUAUGAAAAUCACUGAUGAUGAUUUCAAAAAACUUCUACAAAAAAUUGAUAUUUUAGAUUCUAAAAUAGUUUCUAAUCCAUUGAAUAAUAGCGCUAGAUUGGAUGAUUUAUAUGCCAAAUACACUGCAAAAGUUGAUUUAAACAAUCAAAUCAAAAAAUUAGAGGAACAAAUAUUCCAAGCCAAAUCAAUCAUUCAAUUAGAUCAAUUAUCGAAUAUGAAACGAGUUUUGAAAAAAUUAGAAUUCACUGGUUCAGAAGAAGUUGUUGAAUUGAAAGGUAGAGUAGCUGCUGAAUUAUCUACUGGUGAUGAAUUAAUGAUUACUGAGUUAUUAUUCUCCGGGUUUUUCAAUGAGUUAACUCCACAGCAAAUUUGUGGAUUAUUGUCAGCAUUUAUUUUCCAAGAACGAGCUAAAGAAUUACCUAAAUUAAAACCAGAACUUGCUGAACCAGCAAAAGUAAUUCAUGAAACCGCUAAUAAAAUUGCUAAAAUUUCAAAACAAAGUGGAUUAGAAAUUGUUGAAAAAGAUUAUAUUGAACAAUUCAAUCUUGCCUUAGUUGAAGUUGUAUUUGUAUGGUCUAAUGGUGCUUCAUUCAGUUCAAUUUGUAAAAUGACUGAUAUUUAUGAAGGUAGUAUAAUUCGUGCCUUAAGAAGAGAAAUCGAAUUGAUUAAACAAUUGGUAGAUGCAUCAAAAAUCAUUGGUAAUCAAGAAUUGGUUGAUAAAUUUGAAAAAUGUAUUGAAUUGAUCAAUAGAGAUUUUGUACAAGUAUCUUCAUUGUAUAUGUAA